AUGUUACAUUGGUCCACGAAGGAGACGAAGAAAACCACAUAUGCAUGUUCCGUAUGCAAAAGAAAGAAAACAAAAUGUGAUAAAUUGAUCCCAUGUACAAGUUGUGUACAGAAAGGUUUAGAGGCAGAAUGUCUCACUUCAGCGACUGCAAACUAUACAAGCAAACUUGGAGAACGUAGUUCAGAAUAUCUACCGACUUUAUUGGAACUGUGGCAAAGUUAUGAGUAUUGGAUCAUGGAUAUAGGUCUUCUUAAGACUAAAAAUAUCAAUACUUUGAAGAAAACUGUUGAUAUGAUCGCUGAUUUAAAUGAAUGCGAUUUUUGGAUGAAAUUGUUGAAUAUGGAGGCAUCAUUCAAGUUGUUGAAUUUUGCCAUGGAACAAUUAGGUGCGUUACAUUUUGGUUGUUUAGGGGAAUUAGCUGAUUUAUAUCCUCAAUUAGAACAUUAUUGGCGAAGAAGAGAAGAAGCUGAAGAAAGUGAAACUCAUAUAUUCUUGACGUCUGAUAAUUACUAUUCAAACGCCUUACUAUGGGCGUUCUUCACCAUAUCUGUUUAUUAUAUGCCAUUGGACCAAUUAGCGAAAUUAUUUGACUCGAAAUCCGUGUGUAAGUGGCUUGAAGUUAAUCCAUUAGAUGAAUGGACAGAACAAUUGAGCUAUGAAUUGUUCAGAGGAUUUACUAAUACAACCAUAAUGCAAUUGAAUAAAGCUAAAUUCAUGAUGUACCCAGAUAUCAGACUUUUACAAACAUAUAUAAUCUUAAAUUCCACAAGUUUUACAUUUUCUGACCAUAUACUUGUAGACAGUCUAAUAAUACAGUGCAUGAAUGUUGCUAAGCUCUUCAGUAUUGAUUUUUAUAAACCAUUUAAUGAUGAUGAUGAAGCGACAGAGAUCUCUAAGAACAGAUUUGCAAAGAUUUGGUAUCUAUUAUGUAUCGCAGAUUAUCUUCAAUCUGGACCUAGUAAACUAAUAUCUUUCCAUUCUGAAAUUCCAUCAUUAUUCUUACAACCAUCAUUUUUCGAAUUCAACUCUUCCACAGAUAUUUUCCAUGAAGAUAGUAAUUUUGAACUUAUGUGUUGGAAAAUUAUUUCCUUAGAUAGAGAUAUCGACAAAUAUCUUAAUCAAGUAGCAAAACCUAGAAUGGGUACAUUAGACAACAUACGGAAGGAAUUAGCCAAAGUAGAGAAACAAAUAUCAUUAAAGCAAAAGAAAGAAAAGACAAGUCGUUCUACAUUAGAAAAAUUUAUAACUACUUUCCUCAUCAAUUCUGUAUUUUGGAAAAUUCAUAAGGCUUAUUUGGUAUAUUACCAAGUGGAACAAUCUUUAUCAGUUUCCAUUCAUUAUACGAAGACUUUAAUUGCAUUACUUGUUAAAAAUGUAACUGAGGGAAACUCAAUUUUUAAUAAACAUCCUUAUGUCUUUAGAAUAAUAUCAAGGAUUGCUCCAUUUUAUGAAUUUUAUUCAAUAUUCCAACAGACUGAUCAAAUAUUACAAAUUAAGGCUGAUUUGAAUGAGCUCAUAUCAACUUUUUCAUUAAUGUUUGGGGAAAAAAUUAACAACCUGUUAUUUAUACUUGAUCGUUUACAUGGCUUGGAAAUAUUGUGGACAAGAGUUCAAGUGAUUGGGUCAGGAUUGACUGCAAUUCAUCCAGUUUUUAAAAUUUUGCAAAAUGACAUGAAAUUUAUAAAUAGAUAUAAUAGAAGAGUGCCCAUGGUUAUUAAGGGGACAGGAAACAUCGCCCCACGAAAUAGGUAUAAUACAGGUGAAGACGAGUCAAUAAAAAACUUUGAUGAAGAUGAAGCCAAUUUUAAAGUCGCGGCUCUCGAGACAGAGGAAUUUAAAAUGAUAGUCUCAACUUUUGAAAAUGAAUAUAAUAUUGAUAAUUUAAUUACAUGA